AUGUCGACAUGCAGGUUACUCGCUCGCCAAUGGCCUCGUUGCCUUCGCCGCUCCGUACCAUGGAUCCCUCGGUCAUCGUCAAAUCGGCUGGUCUCUCCUCAACUUCCGGCCCUUCGCCGUUCCUACGCUUCGUCCAUCUCCGCCGCGGAGCUUAAAUUCGGACAACCAUUACACGAGACGCACCCCCAUUUACUGAAUCCCGGAGAAUUGACGCCCGGAAUUACCGCUCUCGAAUACGCCCACCGUCGAUCACGACUUGCGAACAAGCUCCCCAAAUACUCAAUUGCCGUCCUAGCUGCCAACGAAGUCACAUAUCGCGCGUCGGGCAUCUUCAAUGAGUACCGACAGGACUCAAACUUCUUCUAUCUUACGGGAUUCAACGAACCCAAUGCGCUUGCGAUUAUCGCAAACGACGGCUCUGGCGACAACCACCUUUUCCAUCUCUAUGUUCGGGAGAAAGACGCCAAGGCCGAGCUUUGGGAUGGGGCUCGCUCUGGGACGCAGGCUGCGACCGACGUUUUCAAUGCCGACGAAACCGGUGACAUAGAGCGCAUCGGGGAUCUACUCCCCCGCAUCAUCUCAGACGCCACGGAGAUCUAUACGGAUAUUCCCGCUUUCAACCCCGGCCGAUCAUCCCUACAUCGUUAUCUAUACGGACCUACAGGCGCCUCGGAGCAACUCAAAAAGAUUGUCGACUACCGGAAAGUCAAGCCUUUGCGCCCGAUCCUCAACGAGAUGAGAGUAUUCAAGAGCGAGGACGAAGUUGUACAAAUGCGGGCAGUUGGACAAGCUUCCGGAAGAGCUUUCACCGAAUCCAUGAGGCACACAUUCUCCAAGGAGAAGGACCUUACAUCGUUCCUGGAAUACAAUUUCAAGAUCAACGGUUGUGAUAACAGCGCGUUCGUUCCCGUGGUCGCGGGCGGCUCGAAUGCUUUGAGUAUUCAUUAUACAAGAAACGACGACGUCUUGAAUGACGGCGAUAUGGUGCUGGUGGAUGGAGGUGGUGAAGGAGGUACUUAUAUUUCCGACAUCACGCGGACGUGGCCGGUCAACGGAAAGUUCUCGGAUCCUCAGCGUGAUCUGUACAAUGCGGUGUUGAAUGUGCACCGCAGCUGUGUCUCUCUCUGUCGCGAGGACGCAGGCCUCUCCCUGGACCGAUUGCAUACCGUCGCGGAAAAUGGUCUGAAAGAUCAACUGCAGCAGCUGGGCUUUGACGUCUCGGGAAAUGCCAUGGGUACCCUCUUUCCUCACCACCUUGGCCACUAUAUCGGACUGGACGUGCACGACUGCCCCGGAUAUCCAAGAGGAUACAACCUGAAGGCGGGCCAAUGCAUCACCGUGGAACCCGGUAUCUACGUUCCCGACGACGAGCGAUGGCCGGAGAAGUUCCGGGGAAUUGGAAUCCGUAUUGAGGACAGCGUCUGCGUGGGAGAUGACAGCCCGAUCGUGCUGACCACUGAAGCCGUCAAGGAGGUCGACGACAUCGAGGCACUUCGGGACUAG